AUGAAUGAUGUGGAUAAAGUAUCAUUGUCUACAAUAUCAAGUUUCACUUCAGAUCAUCCAUCAAAAAUAAAGGUAUAUUCAUUAUCACCAUUGAAAGAGGAAAUUGAAACAUAUCAUGAAUCAACAUCCAUAUUUUAUAACAAAAAUUUAAAACAGUUUUUUUUAAAGUUUAAAUUUCAAGAAAAGUAUGCAAAAGAUUUAAAAAAAUGGUUGAAAAAAAAUGGCAAAUCUGGUGUGGUAACAAUAAAACUUAACAGUGGUAAUAAAAUUAAAAUUAGUUCAAUGUUGUUAAAAAAACAAUCAAAUCGUUUUGAUCGCUUAAUAAAAAGUUAUACCGAAGAUUUGUUGGUAGAUGGAAGUAAUUUAGAUGAAGUUUCUUUUGAAAAAAUUGUUAAAUUUUUAAAUACAGGAAAAAUGGUUUUUAAUAUAAAUGAACUACCAGAACUUUUAAGAAUAUCAAAUACUUUAGAAAUGUUAAAUAUUGUUACAAUUAUUGAAUCAGCUCUUCUACUUCAUUUUCCUUAUUGUAUUAAUCUUUUAAUUGAUGCACUAAAUAUGUCAUCGAAUCCAUUAACAUUAUUACAAACAUCAAUGAAAUGGCAUAUUUCAAAUGUAGCAAAUUGUUAUUUAACAGAUUUGAUUAUUGAUAAUCAUUUUUAUAAUUUAUCUCCAGCGGCUAUUAUUUCAAUUUUAAGUAAUGAUAAAUUAAAAGUUUCUUCUGAGUUUGAUGUUUUAAAAUUAUGUAUGAUUUAUAUAUUAAAGGGAGAUAAAUUUUUCCACGCUGAUUCAUUAUUUAAUUGUAUUAGAUUUGCUAAUCUUUCAAUUCAAGAGAUUGAGAAUAUGGAAAGUGAAAUAGAAAAAUAUGAUGAAGAAUAUUUAACAGCGAUUUUUAAAAAUUAUACAACUAGGUCAUCUCAAUAUGAUGGAGAAAAUUUAUUUAGAAACUUUAAUUUACUACCUCCGAGAGGGAAUUGUGACGUAAAUAUUUAUGACAAUAUAUCACAAUUGAUUGAUGAAGUUUAUAUAAAAAUAAAAAAUGAAUUUCUAAAAGAAAAAUUAAAUGGUUGUGGAGGAGAUGAUGAUAAUAUAAAUGAAAAAUUCAAGAGUUUUACUCUAUCUUUGAUUGUACCAAAAAAUAAAACAAAAAAAAAUUGA